GCUCUGUGUAAUAAAUUCACCAGAUGUGUGUAACGGCCCUGAGCUAACCUCAGCUCACAAAGAAGGUGUAGUGAAGUUAGAGAGAGAGAGUGAGGGAGAGAGAGACAGAGAGAUAGAGAGACGGAAAAAAAAGAGAAAGAGAGAGAGACGAAAAGAGUAAAGUUUCUGACUAAAGAUAAUGGUGAUCCUGAUCAUCAGUAGUCUGUUAAUCCUGGUCCUGCUCGGUGUUCGUACAGACGAGUCUAAUCAGGACUGUCUCCCGUAUGCAAUGGUGCCGAGGAACACGGUGUGGAGCGCUCGUGUAACAGAACGCCUGAUGAUCAACUGUACUGUAGUUAGUAAACCAAACUGCUGGAACAUCGCAGUGUCAUGGUGUAAACUUGAAAUGAAUAACGAAUGCAUAUAUUUAACUCACUCCACUCACACAUCAACAGUAUGGGGUAACAUCACUGGGAGUAAAAGAUUGUUCUUCCUGAUUUUCUGGGAAAUAUCUCUUCAGGAUUCUGGACUUUACAGGUGUGAGAUACAGUCACCUGCACCCAGUAUGAGCCAUGCCAUUAAUGUCACUGUGACAGACUAUAAUGCUGUAAGCACUGAGACCAUUACAGAAGGUUCUUCUGUGACUCCAGUGACAGAUAUUACAAACACACACCUGAGUAGUGAGAAGUGGUUGUAUGUGAUCUACUUCAGUGUGUUUGUAGUCGCUCUGAUCCUCGCUGUUCCACUCAUGUGUCGAGGUUUAAAGAAGUUUCUGGAGGACGAGUAUAUGACAACUGUGAUUUAUGAAGAGACAGAAAAGUCCAGUGUUCAGGAUUAACACAAAUCUACAGUGAGGAGAUCUCCAGGAUUUAUUUUAAUUAGUUUUAUGUUGUUUAAAACGUCAACAUGAAGUUAAUUAAAGUCUAACGAUGUUCUUUCUCUUCACACAUCAAAUUCAUGUGAAGGGAUUCAGCCUGUGUGUUAGCGUUAGCAUGCUAAUGCUGUGUUAGCUUUAGCAUGCUAAUGCUGCUGAUCAGAACAUGGAGUUUAAACAGUGCGAUGUUUGAAUGUGUUACAUGUUUGUUUUAAUGUUAAACUUCAGAUAAUCUCAUUCUAAAUGUUUAUUAUAAACGUUAUGUUGUCACUUCUAGAACUUUUCCACCAUUUGUAAUGACAAAUUAUUAAAUAAACUCUUUCUGAAAUUAUGCAAAAGAAUAAAAAAGUGUUGAGUCGAUGAGUGAAGUGUCGCUUUGUGCCACUGCAGAUAAUGUGCUUUAACGUGUAGGCAGCAGAGGGAGGAUGUGGUGUUAGUGCACUUUGUUCAGGUCAACAUGCAGGAAAUCACACCAUUUAGUGUUCAGCAGCAUCAAAUCAGGUUGUUUCUUACAAACCUCAAUCUCUGUUUCUCUGAAGAUAACUUUCACACGCUACAGUUUUACUCCCUGCAUUAUUCUCUAAGUUUGUGGAUUCCUGCCCAUCACAUCUCCAUCUGUCCUUAAACAUCUCAAUUCCAUAGCUGGGCCAUUGAUAUAGAGAUUUUCCUUUCCUUCUUCACACCAUGUCUUCAUGGAGCUGCUUUGUGCUCAGAGACAUUGUCCUGAUGGAGCAGGGUUCCACUGUGCAUAGAAUUUCUAUUCACUUGUGUAUUUUCAUGCACACAGGAGAUGUUUCUCUCACUGUUCCUUCACGCUCUUCCUAGGAACAAAAUAAUAAACAUAACGUCAGCUUUCCCUUUACAGCAAAACAACAAACUGUGUGUAAG